AUGUCCGAACCUUCCGACUCUAACGAUGAUGCAUCAUCAUUCGCAUCUGCCAUAGAUGACAUUAUCACCCAGAUGAUCCAAAACAUUCCGGAGCAAGCUGCGCCGCCCAGUAGCCCGGUUCAGCCGUCCUCAUCACUCACGGGCUCUCCCAAUAUUUUCCCAAGUACGUUGCUUGAAUCGCCUACUGGUCCACCUCCCCUCGAAAAUACAUCGUCUCUGCUAAACCUCGAGGUCCCAUCGCUACUGCUAGCUCCGAGAACCUUUACUCCGUCUUUGGGCCGAUAUAAUGAUCCCGAACUAGACUAUUUGGCAAAUCUACACGAACCACGUAUCCCCGAUCAUACCGAAUCGACUAUUAGAAACGGUUCCACCCCUCGACCCGAUCUUAUUGUCCCUCGCCUAGACGAAGAAUCCCCUCCCAGAGACCGAGCCGCCACAACCGAUCAAAAUUUCACGAUUCCUCCUACAUCUCCUAUGUUCAAUCUUCUUCCUCUUCCGUUGUUUCCCGUAUCAAAUGGACAAGAUUCAGCCAACCCGACGAAUGAGCGACCACGGCCUAAUGCUAGCACCGUUGAGCGCCUCUUGGAGAUGAUGCGCACACUCUCUAUACAAGAUCCAGAAGAGGAUGAUAAUGAAGAAACCCCAACAAACCCUAUAGAAAGACGAUGGGAUCGCGAAAUAGACCUCUGGAGACCUGAAAAUAUCGUCCUAGGGCCUGGCGAUGAAGAUUGGCUUCCUCCUCCUCCUCUACCAAGAGCGUUCAACCCGAACAGAAGGCUGCAGGAGAGAGCGCAGACCAUCAUCGACAAGCUAGAGACCCUCGACCGAGACCUCGUUCAAAAGUUUUGCGCAAUGGGUUGUGCAGGCGGCGAAGAGGGAGACCGAUGUACCAUUUGCUGGGAGAGUUUCAUAGAGGAGUUGGACUUGACGA